AUGGAGUUCAUUCUCCUCGGGCUGUCAGACGUCCCUGAGCUGAGACUCGUCCUCUUCCUCCUGUUCCUUCUCAGCUAUGGUGUCACGGUCUUGGCCAACCUGGGCAUGGCGGCACUGAUUCAGGUCAGCUCCCAACUUCACACCCCCAUGCACUUCUUCCGCAGCCACUUGGCCUUUGUGGAUUUCUGCUACUCCUCUGUCAUCGCGCCAAAGAUGCUGGCUAAUAUCAUAAACAAUGAAACCAUUUCUUUCCUGGGAUGCACUGUGCAAUUUUAUUUAUUCUGUACAUAUGUAAUCACUGAGGUCUUCUUCCUGGACGUGAUGGCCUAUGACUGCUUCGCAGCCAUCAGUAACCCACUGCUGUACACGGUCAUCAUGUCCCAGAAGCCCUGUGUGAUGCUAGUUGCUUGCUGUUACCUCUGUGCAUCUGUGUGUUCUCUGAUUCACCUGUGCUCAGCCCUUGAGAUCCCCGCCUACAAGUCCAAUGUGAUCGAUCACUUCUUUUGCGACCUGCCCCCUCUCUUAAGUCGUGCUUGCUCUGAUGUCACCAUGAACGAGGUGCUGCUGCUCAUCGUGGUAAAUUUCAAUGAGAUCUUCACCAUUGCGAUCAUCCUCACCUCCUACGUGCUCAUUCUCAUCACCAUCUUGAGGAUGCGCUCCGCCGAGGGAAGACGCGAAGCAUUUUCCACCUGCGCCUCCCACCUCGCAGCCAUCGCUGUCUUCCACGGAACAAUCCUUUUUAUCUAUUGUCAGCCCACUUCUGGCGAUAAUCUGGAUGUUGACAAGGUAACCACAAUGUCCUACACUGCCGUGAUUCCCAUGCUGAACCCUCUGAUCUACAGCCUGAGAAACAAGUUCAAAGUAGACAAAUAA